GGAGAGCACGCUGGUAAAACCAGGGCGCCGCGCCUGCGCAGGCUUUGUUGACAUCCGCGUAUUUUUCGUUCUCCUUGUGUCUCAUGCUGGGCCAUGUCUCACGGGCACAGCCACGGCGGGGGCAGCUGUUGCCAUGGCGACGAUCCUGAAGAGCCUCCCGAGCGGCGUGGCCAGGCCUGGGGCCUUUACCUGCGCAUUGACCGCGAGCGGCUGGAGUGCCUGAAUGAGCGCAGAGAGGGCAGCGGGAAGCUUGUCUUCCGUGCCUGGGAAGACCGCGGCGACCGCCAGCAGUUUGUCGAAAGUGACGACGAUGAAGAGCUUCUGUUUAAUAUUCCGUUUACAGGCAAUGUGAAGUUGAAAGGGAUAAUUGUGAUGGGAGAGGAUGGUGACACUCAUCCAUCGGAAAUGCGGCUGUUUAAGAAUACCCCCCACAUGUCUUUUGAUGAUACUGCCAGAGAGCCAGAUCAGACAUUUAGCCUGAACCAUGACGUUGCAGGAGAACUGGAGUAUCCUACCAAAAUUGCUCGCUUUUCAAGCGUUCAUCAUCUCUCAAUACACUUCUCCAAGAACUUUGGUGCUGAGACGACAAAGAUCUUUUACAUAGGCCUGAGGGGAGAAUGGACAGAGGCUCGCCGCCACGAAGUGACGAUCUGCAACUAUGAAGCAGCAGCAAACCCUGCUGACCACAGAAUCGAUCAGGUCACGCCGCAGACACAUUUCAUUUCUUAGCUUUGGAGACGCAUAUCGCACAACUGUUUUGUGAACUCGGAACAUUUGUGGCAACAAGGAGGGUCAUAGAUUUAAUUCUUUUUGUGUGCAAGAGGGUGUUUUUUGGAAAAGCAGGGUGCCAACAGAUGGCGAUCAUGUCAAAAGCCAUCCCUGCUGCUGCCAAAAGGACAGUCACAGCUUAGAAGCUUGAAAGCCCUGAGGAAUGGCUCCUUGCUGGUCUGCACAGCAGUUGUCUUGACUACAGAAUAUCUUUCCAGGGGGCUGGCUGUUUUCUCAGCCACUGAUUGGCUGCUUAACUGCUGGUGAGCAUAUAUAAGGUGUGAGGUUGUAGGGCAACAACACUGGGAUCAUUUGCACAAUUGGGGGUUUGGUUCUGGCUUUGGAAUGUAAUGGGGGGGGCAGCGAUGAGUGACUUUCUAGGGAGAAUCCUGGCUCACUUCCAAGCAUGUUAAUGCGAACAGACCAGUCAUGCCUCUCCAUAGGCAUUUAUUCGGUUGCCUUUUUGUUGAUGCCUGAUAGGUUCAGUUGUUUGCCUAAAACCUUGGGAGCCAAAGAGUUAGUCUGUUGUAGGUGUGACUUUCUAAGGUGGCUUGAUUGUUAUCCCCCCCCCCAAUAAAU